UAAAUAAAACUACUACCAAAAAGGACACGGGCCGUGGACCAAACUCUUUUCCCCCAAAUUUCCCCUCUUUCCCCUCCCCAGCCCUCGAUCCGAUCUCGAUUCGUCCGCCCCUCCACCCGGAAUCACCAAUUCGACACCCGAUCCGUUCGUCCCACGACGAGAUCUGUCGAUUGAUACCAAUUUCACCCCAUAUGGUUGAUUCGCUGUUUUCCGGAGAUUAGGGUUUCGAGCAGGUCAAAUCGGGUCCCGAUCCGGUCGAUUGACGCAGAAUUUAUCCCAGGAGCGGCCGAUCUGUGCUCGAUUGUUGGGUUUCCGAUCUGAUUCCUGCGAUAAUUUCCUCCAAUUGGUGCGGGUUUGUUGGCUAGGGUUUCGUCGUUCCCCUCUAGUCCGAGCCUCCUCUUAGCGAGAUCAUCAUGUUGCAUCAAGAAAACAGUGAAGUCUUUGUGAGGCACCACUCUGAGCAGCUUGCGUGUGGCAAUCUGAGGGGAACUGAUGAUGGCCGCUCAAACUUUCUUCCUGAGAAAUACCAUAUUGCAACAGAAUGGAAUGCCACAGCUUAUCUAGUUAAUACUGCCAGUACCGGUAAAGAAGUGCCAGUUGAUCAUAACAAGAGACCCGCAUCCAAUGAUUUCCCAGACGUGGUGGACUGCAAGCGUACCAAGCAGGAAUACCAAACUAUAUCUGAGAAAGAUUCCGUGGCAGAUGUUGAUAUAAACGUUCCAGAGUAUAAAUCACACAGGACAUGCCAGAGAAUCUUUGAUGCCCCAGGAUACGGUAGUGAGGAAAGUGAAGAUGAAGGUGUAGAUUCACCUGUUCAUUUUUCACUAGCCCACACUUAUGUUGAAGAUUACAUACGAUCUGCCAGUUAUUACCAGAGGGAAGACAUUUACUCGUCUGUUGGCCUUUGCACCACAAGGAAAACUGUUCCCAUUGGGCCAAACUAUCAGGCUGAGUUGCCAGAGUGUGCAUCUGGUAAAAAUAGCACGGUUGAUGAUUAUGCUGAUGUGUCAUCUUCUCACUUAUGUGAUGGAAGCGAAGUUGAGAGUGACGACAAGUGGAUUAGAAACUGUGUAGUUCCAAUGCCUGGUCCUGUUGAGUUAUCUUCAGUGCUGAAUCCUGUUUGCUGUAAGGAAGAUUGCAGUUGUGUUGAUAUAGGUUCGAUCGAGUGUGUGAGGAAGCAUGUGAAGGAAGGAAGAGGACGACUAAUGAGUGUCCUUGGUCCAAACACUUUCAAAGAGUUGGGCUUCUUUGAUAUUGGAGAGGAGGUAGCCCUGAGAUGGACGGAAGAGGAAGAGCAUUUGUUCCAAGAUGUGGUAUCAUUAAACCCUGCCUCUCUUGGAAGGAACUUUUGGGAUGAACUUUUGCUUGCCUUCCCAUUCAAGACUAGCAAAGAGUUGGUGAGCUACUAUUUCAAUGUCUUCAUGUUGAGGAAGAGGGCUGAGCAAAACAGGUUUGAUCCAAUGAAUGUUGACAGUGAUAAUGAUGAAUGGGAAGGAAGUGAUGAUGAUGAAUUUGUGGCCACAGAAAAGGGUGAUGAUGAUUUGCUGCUUGAGUCUCUUACUGAUCAAGAUGAUGGUGCAUGCAACCAGGUUCCCCUUGAGGGAAACUUACAUGAAGAGUCUAGUGAAGAAGAUGAGUUUGACCGCUCUAGUGUGGAGAGGCAAGAAAACUACUGUAAGGAGGGGGAUGCCAUGGUGUCUCGUCUUCCGGUGCUGUCCUUUAUGGACCAUAACCAGGAGACAACCAUGUUUGACGCAGACGCUCAAGAUGACUCUUGCACAUCCUUUGAGGCUCAUCAUGUUGGUGUUGCAGAUGGGACACACACUGAUAUUGCAGGAGAUCACUAUGGGGAUGAUGGCUUUGGAGGUGUUGAAGAUCAUGGAUACUUCGGUAGCCAUUGCGACCCGAAAGCCUGGGAUAUUGGUUUCACUAGCGUGUGGGAGAAGGAUGAAUUUCUUUCGACGAACAAUGUCAUAGAAGAGGUAUUUGGAAAGGGGUCUUGUGAAAAUGGAAAGAACUCUUCUACUGACCAGGGCAUCAUGUAAAGAACGGGCCUGGGUUUUUUUUUUUCCGGAGCGAAAGCUCGGCAGCUGAACCUGCUUUUGAAAUCUGUACAGGAGUAGCUUUUCCUUUUCUUUUUGAUGAUUCACUUUGCCUGUAGAAAUCCCAUCUGUCCUGAUAACAUCUGUUGGAGCAAUGCUAUUUCAUUCUCAUGAUGAAAUGUGUAUUUGUAGCUAUCCAUCAUCUGUCGAUGAUGUGCUGUAGUCUGUUGUAGCAUCUAUGUACCAUUGUCAUGACAAGUUUCAUGACCUGAGCAUUUUUCCAUAUGCUAUCAAUAUGAUACACAUUUUGCUGGAA